AUAUAAGCCAACAAAUUAAUAGGAUGUCUUCACCGAUAAAAUCAUAUGAAUUAUGUUUUUAUAUGAUUGUAGCGAUACUUUUAUCGCAUUCAUUACUGUUUGACAACUAUUCUGUCAAAUGCCAGGAGACGAGCACUACUACUACUGCUGUCGAUGAUUAUGAAGACAACAACGACAGCGACAAUGACAGCGACAACAACACAACUCAUGAAUCCAGUGAUAGAUUUGUUGAUUUGAUUACCGAUGAAGUGAUUGAUUUCGUCGCACAGAAACCGCCAAAUGAAACCGAUGACAAUGUCCUACUUGUAUGGCAUCAACUGAUCAAUGAUUUAUCUGACCGUCUCUGGGAUAAGAUAUUGCCAUUUGUGGCCAAAUCGCAGCACCAAAUCACCAAUAUAUCACAAGACUGUACGGGCAGUCUAUUUAAAACCAUACUGAGCUUCAAAAAACAGGAACUCUGGGCUGUCAAGUUUAUGGACUCAAUGGGCAAACUUCCGUCCGGUUUUCUCGAGGGCACAGUUACCUCAUUUGGUAACGUCGAUGAAUGUCUUGAUAUUGAUGUUCCCGACGAUGGAUACGACGAAGCAUUUCACGGAAAGUAUUGUUGGCUAUACCUUAGGCCAGAAUUGCCCCGAAAACCCGAUAUUGUCCGACAUAAUCAACAAAUAUUCAAUUUGAGUGGCACUCCAGCCGAAGGAACGGUGUUUGAACACAUCUCGGAGGUGUUCAGCGGUAUCUAUAGUGUCGGUGCCAUACGACAGGGUAUAUGCAUACCGUCUAACUGUCGACGCGAUGAUAUUACGCCGUUUUUAGUCCAAUUUACCAAACCAUACAAACUGCGCCCUCAGCUCAGUAUUAAGUGUAUGUCUAAACACGAACUAACUGAGCUCAAUACACAUCAAAUUGUAUCCAUAUCUCUAUUGACUGUAAUGACAUUUUUGCUAAUUAUCGGAUCGUUGUCUUACAUCUGUCUGAACGAUGGUAAACGAAAGUUAUAUACAAAGUUAGUCCAGUGUUGGUCAGUACAGCAAAACUACAAGCAGUUGACGGCAAGUCCUAGUAAGUCGUCACGACAUAUGUCGGCCAUUCAUGGGAUCAGAGUAUUAACAAUCGUGUGGACGACAAUCAAUCAUAACUAUACUUUUGGUGGCUUUUAUAAGAUUCAAUGGAUUUAUAAUAGCUUAAUACAGGUGCGCAAAAUACCGGAGUCCCUGUUGUUUCAAUUAGUUUUCAAUGCCUGGGCACUGGUCGAAACAUUUUUCUUUAUUAGUGGCUUAUUGGCCAUCUAUAUUAUGCUACCGAUGCUCGAAAAACGUCGGGGAAAAGUUAACAUUAUAGUACUUGUGUUACAUCGGCUAAUACGAGUUAUACCAUCAAUAUGUGGUAUUAUGGCAAUCAAUUUUCUAUGGCCUAUAGUCACUACCGGACCUAUACUUAUUGAUGACUCUACCGAUGUAUAUCUGAGCCAAAGUUGUCGCAACAAUUGGUGGCACAAUAUAUUGCUAAUUAAUAAUUGGUUUGCACCGGACGAUAUUUGUCUGAUAAACACUUGGUAUUUGAGUGCCGACUUUCAACUGUUUUUAUGCGCGAUACUAAUUAUAUAUGCAUUUUACUGGAACGUUAGAUUAGGACUUAUAUUAAAUGGAGUGGUACUGGUCAUCUCGAUAAUGGGAUCGGCAUUUACCACAUAUUACUAUCAUUUGUAUCCAACCCUACUUAAUGUGCACACCAUAAAUCUUGAUUAUGUUGAGCACCAUCUGAGAUACGGCUAUUUUUGGACAUUUCAUCAUUUAGGUCCAUAUUGUUGUGGCAUAUUUAUCGGCUAUUUUUUGCUCAAUACACCAAAUAAUCAUCAAUUACCAAAGUCAAAAAUGAUAAUCCCAUGGAUUGUUAGUCCAUUCAUCUGUCUAUCCGUAAUAUUCUGUGCCUACUAUUGGAAUCAGGGCGUAGAGCCCAGUAGGCUGUCCUCGAUAUUGUAUUCAAGUCUUUCGCGAACCAUUUGGUGUAUGGGAUUGUCAUGGAUUACAUAUAUUUGUUGUAUAGGAUCUGGAGGAAUCGUCAAUAAAAUUCUUUCGCAUCCAUGGUUUAUACCAUUAAGUCGUCUAAGUUUUGGCGUCUAUUUGUCUCAUAUGGUCGUCAUAUUCAUCAUAUUUUUCACGAAAAAGUCAACAACAGAUUGGACUCACUUUUAUUUUAUAACUACCGGAAUGAUUACAAUCAUAUUAAGUCAUAUAUUGGCGGCGAUUCUUUACUUUUUAUUUGAGGCCCCAUUUGCUAACUUAGAGAAACUCAUAUUUUAUGGACACCAUAGCCAUAAAAAAGAUGCCGAUGAUAAUGAUCACCGAGUAGUUAACCAAUUGGAUAUAAAUAUGUUCAACAAUAAAAAUCAUAACAAUAAUUUUACUAUUGGUUAUAAUCAAAGAAAUUUAGUACCCGUUUUGAAGAUAACUAAAAUGUAA